GCAGGCGCAGGACGCGGGCGGGAAGAUGGCGGCCGGGUUCAAGACAGUGGAACCUUUGGAGUAUUACAGGAGAUUUCUGAAAGAGAACUGCCGACCUGACGGAAGAGAGCUUGGUGAAUUCCGAACCACAACUGUCAACAUAGGUUCAAUUAGUACAGCAGAUGGUUCUGCUCUAGUGAAACUGGGAAAUACUACAGUAAUUUGUGGCGUUAAAGCGGAAUUUGCAGUACCACCAACAGAUGCCCCUGAUAAAGGGUAUGUUGUUCCUAAUGUGGAUCUGCCACCGCUGUGUUCAUCGAGAUUUCGCUCUGGUCCUCCUGGAGAGGAGGCCCAGGUGGCGAGUCAGUUCAUCGCAGAUGUCAUUGAAAAUUCGCAGAUAAUUCAGAAAGAGGAUUUAUGUAUUUCUUCUGGAAAGCUUGCGUGGGUUUUAUACUGUGAUCUCAUUUGCCUGGACUAUGAUGGGAACAUUUUGGAUGCCUGCACAUUUGCUUUGUUAGCGGCUUUAAAAAAUGUACAGCUGCCUGAAGUGAGUAUAAAUGAAGAAACUUCUUUAGCAGAAGUUAAUUUAAAGAAGAAAAGUUUCUUGAAUAUUAGAACACACCCAGUUGCAACUUCUUUUGCUGUAUUUGAUGACACUUUGCUGAUAGUUGACCCUACGGGAGAGGAGGAGCGUCUGGCAACAGGAACCUUAACAGUAGUGAUGGACGAGGAAGGCAGGCUCAGCUGUCUUCACAAACCAGGUGGAAGUGGACUGACUGGAGCUAAACUUCAGGACUGCAUGAGCCGAGCAGUUACAAGACACAAGGAAGUAAAGACCUUAAUGGAUGAAGUAAUAAAGAGCAUGAAACCCAAAUAAACCAGCACCACAUUUUCAAAACAAAUUUAUAAAAAUUGUAUUUGUUAGGCUGCACAAACUUUUUAUACUAAAUAAAUAUCAAACUACAUUCUUCUAUAAAAGGUGAUUCUACUACUUCUUAGGUCCCUUCCACAUAUAUACAGUAAAAUCAUUUGUGAAAAGCAAUGACUUAGGCAAAACAACCCUGGUUCAUGAAACUAUUUCCCUGUUUUUAUUUAAACAUCAUAGGGUUGUACUUUUGUAUAAAGUUUGUACAUUUAGCAGUGUAAAAUACUGAAACAUUAAAAAAAAGAUGAAGUAAAAAAUC